GCUGAUCGUACAGAAAGUAGUUCCAAAGCAUUGUUCAGUAUUUUCUAAAGUGGACUCCUCCGAAUUAUCUGUGCUUACACAUCACUUGUUUAUUUCUAAUAAUCAUAUUUUACUUGAUUGUUAUCAAAAGAUCUUUCUCAUUUUCAUCCAAAUUCCAUUGUAUCGACCCUAAAUUAUAUUCGUACGCCCCUGUCACCGGCAAGUUACUUUUGACCUAGUGUUUACAGUGUGCCUGCAGUUACGUCAAAUAAGUUUUCUUUCAUAUUGGAAUCGUUGUUAAAAGGCCCAGUAAUGUAGUUGUACAUAGAAGGCAUCCAUGCUUCUUUUCUCCUGUAAAUACUGUAGUAAUACGUUUUUGUAACAACUUUCGUUUUAAGGGUGGCACCAAACUUUCUCCAAUUUCAUAUACAACAAAAAUAUAUUUAUAAAGAAACUUGAAGAGACGAGAGAGCGAACAAAAACGACAAAACAGUAGAACAAGUGUGCGUGAGAGAGGAAAGGAAGAGAGAAUAAUUGAUGUCAGCCGGUGAGCGAGAGGCGGGAGGUGACUUGAUGAACAAUUGGACGUGAUUCAUGCUGUAAGAAAAACGCUGACAUGACAAUAUCGACCAGAGGACAGGGGAUCACUGUGGAGCCCCCUGAUCCACAAAACAAUGCCGUUCCGCCGGCCCAACAACCAUCGGCCAUCCAACCGGGGGGACCAUCAUCGCUGAGUCUACAGCUCUCCGAACCCCCGGCCAACAACGACGUCGAGGGAGGCCCCUCGUCGACCGCCGCCGACCUCGAGGUCAAGGGCAAACAAGGUCAUGACCUUGAGGCGAAAGUCAAACAAGGUCAUGACCUUGAACAGGUGACUGCAUCGUCCUGUAACGAUAUCAACUGCGCCUGCCAGGAGCCCGACUUUCCGCAUGCCAAGUUGGUCACCCUGGACGAGAAGAUAUCCAGCACAAGAUGGGUGGUGCCUGUGUUGCCCGACCAGGAGCUCGAGGUCCUUAUCAAUGCUGCCAUACAUUUGUGUCGCACUGGUCAAGACGUGCGAAGCGAAGCGUGCCAGCGGUUCUUCCGCGAGGGUCUGACCAUCUCGUUCACGAAGAUCCUGACUGACGACGCGGUGAACAGCUGGAAGAACAACAUCCACAGCUGCAUCCUCAGCAACUGCAGUCGGCUGGUCGAGCUGUGCGUCGUCAAGCUCAGUCAGGACUGGUUUCCGCUGCUCGACCUGCUCGCCAUGGUCUUGAAUCCCAACAACAAAUUCCACACAUAUAACGCGGCGCGGCAAUCGGAGAGCGUGCCACUGUCGUCCAAUAUGGCCGACGAGGAGCUGUAUGCGCGGCCUCCGCCCGAUGCUCGUUCGCCGCGCGGAUGGCUCGUCGAUCUUAUCAACAAGUUCGGUAGUUUAGAUGGCUUUCAAAUUCUUCUAGAAAGGUUUCAGACUGGUAAAAAUCUGACGAUACCUGUUAUCUAUGCACUGCUGCGGCCUUUCGGACUCUGCUACGAAUUGCUCACUGUUCAUACCGUUACCAAAUAUUUUAUGCCCAUUGUGGAAAUGGUACCAAAUGUUCUGGAUAACUUGACGGAUGACGAAUUGAAGAAGGAGGCAAAAAACGAAUCGAAAAAUGACGCAAUUUCGGCGAUUAUAAAAGCGUGUAAAAAUCUUAUAUCGAAACUUCCAAGGCAAGAAGAAACAAUCAAGAAUUUGGAAAUCUUCAGGCUAAAAAUGAUUCUUAGGUUGUUGCAAAUUUCGUCGUUCAACGGCAAAAUGAACGCUCUGAACGAGGUGAACAAAGUGAUAGCCAGUGUGACCUACUACCCACACAACCGCCCUCAUACGGCCGCCAUUGAGCCACAGGAGGAGGAGUGGCUCACACCCGAACGGAUGGCGAAAUGGAUCAAGGAGAACAAAGUGCUGGAGAUAGUCCUGCGCGACUCGCUGCACCAGCCGCAGUACGUGGAGAAGCUGGAGAAGAUACUGCGCUUCAUCAUCAAGGAGCGCAGUUUGUCGUUGUCCGACCUUGACGCGGUGUGGGCGGCACAGGCCGGCAAGCAUGAGGCCAUCGUCAAGAAUGUGCACGAUCUGCUUGCCAAGUUGGCUUGGGACUUCUCGCCUGAGCAGCUCGAUCAUCUGUUUGAGUGCUUUCAGGCAAGUUGGACGAAUGCGCCAAAGAAACAAAGAGAGAAACUGUUGGAGCUUAUCAGACGAUUAGCUGAGGAUGACAAGGAUGGAGUUAUGGCUCAUAAGGUUUUGACACUUUUCUGGAACCUAGCUCAUUCGGAAGACGUUCUAACAGAAAUCAUGGACCAGGCAUUGAGUGCUCACGUCAAAAUUUUAGAUUAUAGUUGCUCACAGGAGCGCGACUCGCAGAAAACAGAGUGGCUAGACCGGUGCGUGGAAGAGUUGAAGUCGAACGAGAUGUGGGUGUUGCCGGCCCUGAAGCAGAUUCGCGAGAUCUGCUGCCUCUAUGAACCCAACCCCAACGUCAACCACACGCAGCGAUCGCACCAGAUUCUCUACCGGCAGGAGAUGAUCGAAAGACUGCAGAACCAGCAUGGCCUUGUAGUUCUAGUUACAAAUAGUCUCACCUCGUAUAUGGCUAAUGUUAGGCAACUAGCGAGAGAUAAUCCAGAUUUGGACCCGAAUACGUUUUAUCCAGAUCGACGAUUCAAUCAUAUUUUACAAGUUCAAGAGCGCCUUAAUUUUCUUAGGUUCUUACUAAAAGACGGGCAACUGUGGCUGUGCGCCGAACAAGCUCGCCAGAUCUGGCAGUGCCUCGCCGAACAGGCCGUGUUCACAUCGGACAGAGAGGCUUGCUUCAAGUGGUUCAGCAAGCUGAUGGGAGACGAGCCCGACCUCGAUCCGGCCAUCAACAAGGACUUCUUUGAGAACAAUGUCCUCCAGCUGGACCCCACGCUGUUGACUGAGAGCGGUAUCAAGUGUUUUGAACGAUUUUUCAAGGCUGUGAAUUUGAAAGAAGGAAAACUAAAAAUGAAGAAACGAACAAUUCUGAUGGACCAUGUAGAUUUAAUAGGCACUGAAUACAUUUGGAGGGUGGUUACAAAUAGUAGCGACGAAAUAGCCAGUAGAGCGAUAGAACUACUGAAAGAAGUGAGCACCAACCUAGGUCCACGCCUCCAGUCGUCUUGUGUUGAAUUUCACGAAAACUAUAUAUCCGAAUGCCUGGAUCGACUCAGGGCUCACUAUGACACAAUAACUGUUCUAAAACAAACCAACACACCGCAGGAUACCCAGCACUUGAAUAGGUUACAGAGUGAAUCAGUGAGGAUGUGUCGUGUGAUGAAAGUUCUACAAGAAUAUAUCAGCGAAUGUGACGGCGAAUUUGUAGGCGAAAGGAAACUAUUACCAUUGCAUAGAUCUAGCCGAGGGAAACACAUGGGCAUAAUAGUUAGGAUAUCGUACCCGGGUCGGCAGGCGGAAGACGUUGAAAUGUUGACUCACAGCAACGACACGAUUGGCUCAAUUAGGCGACAGAUCUUGAAGAGGAUGAAGACCAGUGGACCCAGCCUCAAAGUAGAUCUGUUUGUGAAUGGAGAUCUCCUAGAUCCGGCUGAGGAUCGAAGGCUAUUGUCACAGUUACCGAUUAGAGAUAAAACUGUAAUUUCAGCGAAAAUGACGCAGGGCAACACGAAUACAGCUAGCUCCCCUGAAAGCAGUUCGGAUAGUUCUACCAGCUCCCCGCAGCAUUCCUACGAUAAUCCCAAUUUAGAAGCUGAAAAUUCAUUACCUGGAGUGCUGAUGUCACAGACGAGCAGCUACGUGCAGUUCUUCCUGCAGGUGGCAGACAGGGGCUGUGAGCUGGGCGAUGCAGUGGUGCGCGACUCGGCACGCGCAAUACUCAAGCUAAUUCCGCCCGACACGCAGACGAUAAACGACCUGCACACGUUGUUUGCGCCGCCAACUGCGCCCUCCACCGCGCCCUCCUCUGUGCCAACUGCGCCACCCACGGUCGACAGUGUCUUCUUCAAUGUGUCGCAGUCACGGGUGUUGUACAAUCUCGAGGUAAUGUACACCCUUCUAAUGCCAGCCGCCGAUCCUCUGUCGGACAAAGCGUUCGAGUUUCAGUUGAACUUCCUCUGCAGUCCUCACGCUCCAGUUAUCCUCGACAUGCUCACCAAAAACAAUUUUCUUCCAAACGCCGAUGUCGCUACCAAAAGAUCCGCUUACCUGAUGGUGCUAAAAAUGUGCAAGAUACUGUUGUCUGUUUUGGGCCACAUAAUGUACCGGCUGAUGGACGAGACACCCCCUCCUCCCAGCCAGGAGCAGCCAGAACCCCCUGCGGCCUCCCUUGACACCGACAACAAUCCUGCCGCUAAUCCGGCCCCGGGCGCAACUCCCAACUCGGCUAAUCCGGCGCUUUGCAACGGGGGCAUUGAUAGUGUACAGCAGCAGGCGAAUAGUCCUAAUAUGCAGCGAUGUCCAGUGGUGGUGUUGAAGCAGGCGCUUGCCAACCUGCCCAACUCGAACACAGAGUACAUGCUGCGAACAGUCGUCUGCAAGCUGGCACAGAACUAUACCACCCAGGUAGUGUUGACGAACAAGAAGAGCACUCGCUGCGUGAUGCUGGAUGCGGCACUGGCUUGGCAGCUUCCGGGUGCAGAGACGAUCAAGGCAGUGAUGCAGAUGGCGUGGGUGGCCAGGGCUGGCAAUCUGCAUCUGCUGCAGGUCACUGACAUCAUCGAGAGUGCCACCGCCAACAGCGCUGCUGCCCAGCAUGAUGAUAUAUUAGGCAUCGGAGGGUUCAACAUUCAUACUUCUUUCACCAAGCGACAGAUCAGAGUUCUUAAUUGGUCGAGCGAAGCUGAGGUGUUGACGAACAAGAAGAGCACUCGCUGCGUGAUGCUGGAUGCGGCGCUGGCUUGGCAGCUGCCGGGUGCAGAGACGAUCAAGGCAGUGAUGCAGAUGGCGUGGGUGGCCAGGGCUGGCAAUCUGCAUCUGCUGCAGGUCACUGACAUCAUCGAGAGUGCCACCGCCAACAGCGCUGCUGCCCAGCAUGAUGAUAUAUUGGUUUGCCGGGAAGCGCUGGAAGUGUUAACAGUUUCUCUAGUCCUUAGUCCAAAUUGUCUGGAGUCGUUGAUAAGGGAGCCCAUGUGGCAAACGUUCAUUAUAGAUCUUCUACUUUGCGCUAACAAUAGGGCAGUUCGAGUGGCAGCCGUCGAACAGUUCCUGAUGAUCUCAACGUUGGGCUGUUCGCAGUACCCACUUCAGCUAACCAUAAUUCAUUUGUUCAGCGUCCUUCACACCAUGGUCGUCGACUAUGCUCGUAAUUCGCACGAAUAUUUUCAGCUUCUCUGUAGACUUCUCAAUUUCGCGUUUAUCUACAACUGUCCAUUACCAAAUGCCGAAACAUUGCUGAAUAGUGAGAUACGGUGGCUCAAAGAAAUUAGGGCGAAAGUGAAGAAAACUGGCGAGACAGGAGUAGAAGAUGCUGUUCUGGAAGGCCACCUGGGCAUUGCAAAGGAGCUUCUUUCAUUCAUGUCUCCCGAGAAGAAGUUUCAAAUUGGAGCCUGCGAUAAAACAAAAAUCUUCCUCAUCAAGGAACUGGUGGAGGACUUUAUCCUGCCGGCGUCGCGGCUGAUGCUGCACCUACAGCGAACGGGCGAACUGAUCGGCGAGCAGGCGGUGCCCGUCUGCAGUCAGCCACAGACACUGGGCUCUGCCUUCGAUCUGCUGGCCACACUCUGCGUCGGCUGUGUGCCCAACAUGAAGCUCCUCACCAACAUGCUCACCGAUAUGUUCUAUUCUGAGCGCGACGACCCCCUGGUGGAGUGGGACUACCUGCCUCCGGUGGGGCCGAGGCCUUGCAAGGGCUUUGUGGGCCUGAAGAACGCCGGCGCCACCUGCUACAUGAACUCUGUGCUGCAGCAGCUGUACAUGGUGGAGGGCAUCCGGGUGGGACUGCUGGCAGCUGACGGGGCGGCAACCGACCUCAACGAGGACUUCUCCGGCGAGGAGAGGCCUGACAAUGAGGUGGAUGAGAAGAACAGUCUGGAUGAAUCGAGGAAAGAGUACAACAUCGGUAUACUGAAGCAAGUUCAGGCAAUAUUUGGGCAUUUGGCCUACAGCAAACUACAGUACUACAUCCCAAGAGGGCUGUGGAAGCAUUUCAAAUUACAGGGUGAACCAGUCAACUUACGCGAACAGCAAGAUGCGGUGGAAUUUUUCAUGAGCCUAGUCGAAAGUAUUGAUGAAGCGUUGAAAGCUCUAGGACAGGAGCAAAUUAUGGGCAAAAUUCUCGGCGGAUCCUAUUCUGAUCAAAAAAUUUGCAAAGGAUGUCCGCAUAGGUAUUCGAAAGAAGAGCCUUUUAGUGUGAUUAGUGUAGAUAUUAGGAAUCAUUCGACUCUGCUGGACUCGUUGGAACAGUACGUGAAGGGGGAACUGCUGGAAGGCGCCGAUGCCUAUCACUGUGAUAAAUGUAACAAAAAGGUGGUAACCGUGAAACGGCUGUGCGUGAAAAAACUACCGCCGAUCCUAGCCAUUCAGCUGAAGCGAUUCGAGUACGACUUUGAGCGUGUAUGCGCCAUCAAGUUCAACGACUAUUUUGAAUUUCCGCGCCACUUGGAUAUGGCGCCCUACACUGUGACCGGAUUGGCCAAGCAGGAGGGAGAGAUGGUGGACUGUGAGGGCGGUGUGGCGGCAGGGGGUUGCACCAAGUAUCAGCUGACUGGCAUUGUGGUGCACAGUGGUCAGGCGAGUGGUGGUCACUACUACUCGUACAUACAUCAUCGGCCCAGUGAGGGUCCGCCAAGAUGGUACAAAUUCGACGACGGAGACGUGAGUGAGUGCAAGAUGGAGGAUGACGAAGAGAUGAAGAUGCAGUGCUUCGGCGGGGACUACAUGGGUGAGGUGUUCGACCACAUGCUGAAGCGCAUGAGCUAUCGGCGACAGAAGCGCUGGUGGAACGCAUACAUGCUCUACUACACGCGCAACGACGUACAAGAGAACAACCUGGCCAAGUCACUCAACCAGCUCUCCUUGUCUGAUGUCAAACAGGGACUGAUGAAGAUGCCGGCUGCCAUAGAACGUAGCGUGCGAAGACAGAACAUCCGCUUCAUGCAUAAUAGGAACCAAUUCUCAACCGAGUACUUCCAGUUCAUGAGGCGGUUGGCCGCCUGCAAUAUACCGCCCAUUGGACGACAGCAUCCUGACAAACAGAGUCCAGAAGCGGAAGAACUGUCGAUGUUGACUGUGCAAAUAUUGAGCAAGUUCCUGUAUCACACGGGCUUCCACACGAAGAAGUCGCUGCGAGGCAAUGCCACCGACUGGUUUGACGCCCUCAACUACCACAUACGCACCUUCAAAACUGUGCGCUCCUGGUUUGCGCACAACGUUCUAUUCAAACAUCCACACAGGUUCAGCGAGUACUUGCUAAGCUGUCCAAGCAUGGAAGUUCGUUCGGCCAUGAUGAAAAUCAUCGUUUUUCUGGCGCACUACUCGUUGCAAGAUGGCCCCUGUCCACCUCCCAUGGUCAACGCCCCCACAAUCCUGUUGGACCCGAAGGCGACGAUGAGCGACCACCUGCUGAUGGCCGUGCUCUCCCUGGUGCACAAGGAGGUGUCCGAACAUGGCCGCCAUCUGCCGCACUACUUCACUCUCUUCCACAUGUAUUCCUCGUUCGGCAUCAACGAGAGGACACAACUAAUCAGGUUGAACGUGCCAGCUACCUUCAUGCUAGUGGCCCUGGACGAGGGUCCGGGCCCGCCGAUCAAGUACCAGUACCCCGAGCUCACCAAACUGCACCUGGUUGUGUCGCAGCUGAUUCGCUGCUGUGACGUCACCAGCAAGACACAGUCGUCGACGGGCGGAGCGCCCCUACCCAACCCCUAUGCCGAAGGCGAUCAGUACAUUGUGCCCAUACAGAUUCAGGCCGCUGAUAUACUCUACUCGAGGUCUACGUACGUGAAGAAGGUGAUCGAAGACCUGCAGCUGACGGAGGAGGGCAUGAAGCUGCUGCAGUUCUGCUGCUGGGAGAAUCCACACAUGUCGCGCACUGUGCUUAGUGAGCUGCUCUGGCAGAUUGCAUUCGCCUACUGCCACGAGUUGCGCCACUUCAUGGACCUGCUGCUCGGCACGCUCCUCAUGCAGGACUCCUGGCAGUCGCAUCGCAUACACAACGCCAUGAAGGGUAUGCCAGAUGAGAGGGAAGGCCUGUUUGACACAAUUCUGCGCGCGAAGAACCAUUACCAGAAGCGCGCCUACCAGUGCAUCAAGUGUCUAGUGUCGCUGUUCACCAAAUGUCGCGUCGCCUUCCAAAUGCUGCAGGGCAAUGACGAGCUCAAACGCAAGUGGGGGCUGGCUGUUGAAUGGCUGCAGGACGAACUCGACAGAAGGCCAUACGUGUCGAGUGGGUACAGCAACUGGUCCCCGCCGGCGCAGAGCAAUGAGACCACCAAUGGCUACUUCCUCGAGCGCAGCGGUAGUGCCAGGAAGACCUUGGAGCUCGCUUGCGAACUCUGUCCUGAUGAGGAGCCAGAAGCUGAGGAGACAUCGGAGGAGGGAGAGCCGUCGCAGAGUGGUGAGGAGGGUGGUGGAGUAAGGGAAGUGGGAGGAGCGGGACAAGAGAUGGACUUGCAACAUCAAAACGACAGCUGGAAGCGAAUGAAGCGCUCUGUGCUAGUCGAUCAGGUGGACCAAAGACGCACGAUGAUACUCCGCCAGCAGCAGCCGCCCCAACAGGCACCGAAACCAGUGGUGACGGGUGAGGAGGAGUACUCGGAGGUGUUUCCUGCCGGCAAAUAUCAGCAACAGCAGCAGGAGCAGGGUGGAAGUGGUAGUGGGGGAAGCAAGCUGUGUGCGCAGGACGAGACAGGUGCGCUCAUCAAUCCCGCACUCUACUACGACUAUCUGGUGGGCAAACAACAGCAGCAACAACAACAGGGCGGUCAACAACAGCCACAACAACAACAACAGAGGCAGGAUGCUGAGUGGGAUGUUUGUCCACCCAGCUCGACCCUUCUGCGACUGAGAACGUCGGAGCAACCUCAACCAGAGCAGCAGCAACCGGCGGUGACGGUGGUUCCCAAAACGCAGCCAACGGUGGUGCCCAAAACACAGUCAACGGUGUCGCUGUGCCCGGUGGAGGGUGUUGAGGACGAGGAGGAGGUGGAACUGGUCACCAUCGAUCCUCUCAGUCCCCCCCUCCCCGACGACCCUAGUCGGCCUAGUAAGUAAUCACUAAACGCGUGUGUUCGCGCAAAUUGGAAAGGCCGUGUCACAUUGAGGCACGCUGCACUCUGAUGAUACAACCUUACUGUGAACACACCUUAUAUCACUCGUCUCUGUGUUGACCACCUCACCAUACGAUGCUUCUAGCCAAACUUAGUCCCUCUUUCUACUACUAAGAUUGUGGGAUUAAAAGUAACAGUGAUUUUUAUACUAAAAAACAUCAUCAAACUAUUGUAAAUUGGUCCGCUGCUUCAACUAAUAUUAUUAGAGAUUUGAGAGAAGAAACAUUUCUAGUAAUUUUCGCAAGUUGAUAUUAAUACUACAUGACGCUGUUGAUUUUUACGGCAACAUUAUUACCCAUCAGACUGUUUUGAAACUGUAAGCCUUUUUGAGAAAUUUGUAAAUAAUAUUAUUUAUUUGCCGCGUGGUUCGCUUUGUGUAAUAUAUAAUAAUAUAAUCAGUCUGAAUUUUUCUUGAAAUGCUAUUACCAACAUCAGACACUCGGAAAUAUUAUAAAUGUGAGUGAUGAAUAAAUCCUACUAUCUGAACAGUUGCAGCUUGUUAUAUUUUUUAGCGAUGUUUUAAAAUAUUACAACCUUUUAAAUGAUUUGCAAAUUUAAAUCAUGUUUGAAACAUCACAGUUUUUAAUAAGCUUGAAAUAUCCAAGAUAAUCGUUGAAUUAUUGAUCAAACAUUGCUUGAAUUUGAGGGGCUCGAAUAUAAAUUAUGACUAUUUUAAAAAUUGUGUGAAAUGUGGGAAAUAUAUAGAAGUGAAGAAGCUUGGAAAAUGUCUGAGAACUGAAUUGAUUUUGAAACAUGUCUGGGGACUGAAGAUGUUUUGAAUUUUCAAAACUAUGAGAGAGUUGAAGAGUUGAGCUAUUUUAUUGAAAAUUUUCUGAUUAAUUGAAUAAUAUACUGAAUAAGAAACCUGUUUCUAGAAGAAGACAGUGUUGACUGAAGUUUUGACGUCUUAUAAAGAAAAUUUUGUACUAGAGUUUCUCGAUAGAAGCAUUUUUCUUCAUAAUGUUAUUGGCAUUGUAAUUAUGCUGUAGUCAAAUUGACGGUAAAUUAUUUAUUGGACAUAUGAGCGGAGUUUGAAAAGAAUUUCUGUAAUAUGUAAAUUAAUGUGAACUUUUUCAGAACAAAAUAAUAAUUGCUGGAAAAUAAGACGUAUGAUUGCCAUUUUUCAUUAAUAAAUUCUUUGUCUAACUUGAAUUUCGUUGGAUCAGCAUCCUAGACGUCAUCGUAAUCGUGAUUAGAAAUUUGAAUUUAUCUACCGAUAUUUAUUUGUUUUAGAGCUUGUUUUCAUGACUUCCCAAUUCAAAUAAAUCAAUCGAGUGCACUUAAGAAACAUUGAAAUGACUAAUCAAUUAAGUGAUUAAAGUGUUAAGAUUCAAUUCUUUUGAAAUAUCAAGAAAUUGAUUUUUCCUAGAACGUUCACUUUUUUCAUGAUUACAUGAUGUUUAUGACUAGUAUUUUUUCCUUCGAUAAUUCUCUUUUCAUAUCAUUCUGAUUAAAUAAUAUUGACUUCUUUCCUAUCCUUGACUGAUACUUGAUUGUAAAUUGUAAAUUCAUUUAGUACUUCAAUGUUCACGGAUCUCAUCAAAUCAUUAUUUUUUUAAUAUAAAAUUCAAAUUUGUGUGCUAACUAUGUCAUAUUAUUAAAUUUAUUAACUAUGAUUAAAAUUAAUGUGAUUUUACUCAAUCUCUGAUUGCAUACCUAUAUGAAAAAAAAUUAUUUGAAAUUUGAUUAUAAAAAUGAAUAGAAAUUUUUCUAGUAGAUUAAAUAUUGUGUAGAAAAUAUCAACAGUAAAUUAUUAUGAUUAUUUAUGUUUUCCACUAGAAAUGAUGAAUUGAUAUUUCAAGAUGUUAUCAUCCAUUGUAUUGGAGUUUGUGAGAGAAUUGAUUUCCAAAAAUCUGUGAUAUACCACAGUCUUUUUGAACAAUAUAAAUUUUGAAAUGAAUUUUCUAUGAUUAAUUUAUGGAAUAAACCAUACUCUUGAGUACCCUAAAAAGUACUAUAAAAUAUUUAUUACCUAAUUAAUUAUUGAUUUUAUGGCAAGUUAUAAACGUGUUUGGCAUUUAAAGGAGUUCAUGAACUUAUUGAAAAGUAAUAAUUUCUUACUAUUCUUGAGAAAUCAUGAAAUAUUAAAAUUUAUAUUUGUGAAUUCAUGAAUUAUUAAUCAUAUUUCAUAAUCGAUCAAAACUCAUGUAAUGAGGAAUCCAAUGGAAAAUAUCAUACUAGACAAAGAAAUAUAAUACAAAUGAAAUGAAAAUAAUAGACAUCGAUAAUAAUGAGAAUAUAUCACUACAUUUCAUUACAAUACUGUUUAUGGUUCUAGAGAACUAGAUAUACACAUCUACAAAAUUGUUAUCACACCCAAUAAACAUGCUUACUAUUUAUUCAAUUAACGUUGACGAAUUAUUAUAGUCUUAUUUAUUUAUAAAUUAGUAUUAUUCCUUGCAUAAACUAGCAGGUUGGUUUAUGAUUAUAUUGUUCGAUUCGAAAACUAAUUAUUGUUAUUACUUAAUAUCAAUUGCUGACUGUUUAUCGGUACUUUGUUAUGUAAUGUAUUAUGUUUUUAUUCAAAAAUAUUAAAAUUUUCAACUAGAACACAAAAUUCAGUCUAAAUUAUUAGAAGACAAGUUUUCACAGAAAACUCCUAUCCAAAUAUUCGAUCUAGUAGUUUUUAAUGUUUCGAAAAUAAAAUAUCAAAUUAAUAUAUUAUAUAAACAGAUUGCUGAUAAGGAAUUGUCAGUUAUGAAAUUGUAAGUUAGGAUUAUGGUGAAUAAAGAAAUUUCCUAUCUUGAAUGUAGUUGCUAUUUGUAAAAUUUUAUCUGAGAAAAUCGCUGCAGAUUUUGAUAGUUUUCAUCAAAAAUGGUAAACUCAGUUGGUAUGUUGUAGAGGACGAUAAAAUAUAGCAAGUUUUGAACUAGAAUGAAAGAUAUUUCGCAAAGUUAUUGUUUUAAGUCUCAUCUUCUUGAAACACUAAAAAAGAUGGUUAAUACUCUCGAAUAGAUACAGAUUUAUAAAUUGAGGCAGGAUGAUAUUGAUUGUUUUUAUGUGUUAGAAAUUUUUGUAAAUGUAUAUAACGUAUGCUCUUUCCUAAACUGUGUGUACAGAGCUAUCAGUUAUUUUUAUGUACUGCUAGAUUAACUAAAAAAUCUUGAGUUAUUUGGGUACUUGAAUAAUGUUGUCUUUUGUAAUUUGCGACAAAUAUGUGAAAAAAAACAUUAAAAAACGACAGGUGUAAGUUAUCUUUCUGUGUAAAGUGUGUAUAAUUUAUUGUUUAGUUUUGAAAUUAAUUUUUAACAAUUAUUGCAGAAGUCUGUGAUAGUUACAGCUUGUCAAGUUAUGAGUGGUUUAUAGUAAACUAUCAAUAUUUAAUAAAUGGUUCUUAUAACCGAUGUGUUAAUCAAUCAGUAAUGAAACAGUGUAGUUACACAUUACACACUUAGCAACUGUGCGAAUGAAUAGUUAGUUAUUUCAAUUUCAAAACCUAUAGCAAUGAAAAGCAAGGCAUUUCAAAUCGCCAUUUUCAACAUAUUUUUUAGGAGGGUGGUUCUAUAAAUAAUAUCAUCUCGAAUUACUUGAAAUCGAUUUUUGAAUCAUUGUAUUGUAAGGUAUUAAAAUACUGAAUUUGAAUCGUUCAUCAUUAUACAUAAAAUUAAUCAUGAAUUAUAUUUUCCCUUGAAAUUCUCCUCUGCCUCUUCUUAUUUCAAUUACUGCCGAUUUAUGUUAUCUCUCUUCUCUAUAAAAAGUAGAGAAUGAAGCUAAUUUUACUUCUGUACAAUUAAUAAUAAUUAUAUAUAACACCACCCUCUUGAUAUGACAAACCGAAAUGACUAGAAGAUUACAACAUAAUACCAAAAAGGAACAAACGUUAAUUAAUGAUUAUUCUGUAACUUGUUCUUUUUGCUUCAAUUAAUGCUUUAUUAUUGUUUGUUUUCAUGUUUUAUAUAUUAUGUGUCACUGGUGAGCAUUACAUGCAUUCGAUUUCAUAGUAGAGAUUUCAAUUUCAAAUUUUAGGCUCUAGAUAUAACGAACUACCUACUCAAAACAUGCAGCAUAAUUAUUCAAUAGUUACAUCGAGACCAACAAAUAGAAAAUUGUCCAAUUGAAUAAUUUUAGUUGGCUAUUGUUACAACUAUUUUGGCUAGUUGAUUAUUGGACUGUUGUUUCUUUUCCUUCAUUCUCAUCUUUGUCAUUUACUUAUUUAGUCAUUAGAAUUGAAUUAAAUUUUCCGAACGUUCCCUAUCACUUCUGCACCUCUGUGUGUCAUUCUACUAAUCAUCAUGAAACUUGAAUAUUUAUUUGAUCGAAUGCAUUUUUAUCUAAUAAGCUUUUUUAUAAUUUUUUUGUGCUCAAAAAAUAUUGAGACUGUAAAAAUGUUGAAAAAAUAAUUAUUAUACUCGUUUGUUUAUUGUAUUUAAGUAUAGAUGAUCUAUAAAUAUAUAAAUAUUAUAAAUAAAUAUAUUUUCCAAAUCAUCUUUUACAGUUACAAAAAUGAACAUUGAAUACUUGUCAAAAGGCGACUGAAAUGUUGCUUCUAUGUACAGUCAUUUUCAUGUAAUUGUGUUUAUUAUUAUUAAUUAUUAUACAUACUGUUUAAAAAACUUUGUUCAUUUUUUUCCUGGAUUAGAUCGCAUUUCAUGUAAAUUAUUUUCUUGCGAGAAAAAUGACUUUGAAAAUAAAUGAGCGCUAUCACG